CAGAGCUUUUUGCGGCGGUGGCCGUAAAGCGCGGCGGUCGAACGGCCGGUUCCGGCUGAAUGUCAGUGAGGGGCUGUGGGCCCGGGAGGAAGGUGGUUGGCGGUUCCUCCACCACCUCCGCCUCUGCCUCCUCUGCUUGUGCGGCCGCCGCGGGCGCGGGACCGCUCGGCGGGUCGGGCAUGAGACCGUGAGGCGAACGACGGGCCGGGGUCGCCGACAUGUUUGGCCGUUCGCGGAGCUGGGUGGGCGGGGGCCAUGGCAAAUCGUCCCGGAACAUCCACUCCUUGGACCACCUCAACAUCAACCUGGCUGCAAGCCCUGCAUCAGACACUUGGCGCUGAGCUGCAUCUCUGCCGGCAUCAGACCACUGGGGAGCUUGUGAAACAGGCGGUGCCUCCUCCGCCCUCUGUUCUGCUGCACCCAAAUCUCUGGGUGGCUCCACUGCCCUGCUUCAUCCAGCUCUCCAAGUAUCUGUACCACGUUUUAACCAAAAACACCACAGUCACAGAACAGAACCGGAAUCUGCUGGUGGAGACCAUCCGUUCCAUUACCGAGAUCCUGAUUUGGGGAGAUCAAAAUGACAGCUCUGUGUUUGACUUCUUCCUGGAGAAGAACAUGUUCGUUUUCUUCUUGAACAUCCUGCGGCAGAAAUCGGGCCGCUAUGUGUGCGUCCAGCUGCUACAGACCUUGAAUAUCCUCUUUGAGAACAUCAGUCACGAGACCUCGCUGU